GGCAGCAACAGGAAGUCCCAGACUUGAAAACUUCAAUCGCCAACGUUACUUUUCGUGAAAUUCCUCAGAUCCGAGUCUUUUGUUCGUUUGUUAAAGAGUGGACCCAGAUUUAGUGGGUUCGUGGAGUGGUCGAAACUGUAGACACAAAGUUGUAUCGCAGACUGAGACUUUGGCGUGACCUGCUCUAAUGGACGUGUUUUCUAUUUGUUGGGCUUUGUUUGAGAAAGAGUGAAACCCGAUGGAAAAGAGGCGAAGGAGGAAGACAACUUGGAGGAGCUGAGCAAUGUGGCACAGCCCUCAGAUCCUCUGACCACACAGUAGACGUGUGUUUUGUGUUACGGGUAAAGUGAUGGAGGGAGAGAAGGAGAGACAGAGGCAGCAGCGGGAGGAGAAAGAGAGCAAUGAGGCCGAAGACGACAGGAAGAGCGAUGAUGACACUGACAACAAGGAGGGGGACGAUGAUGAUUCGGAGGGUGCCGCACUGGUCUGGCAGGAGGGCUAUGGUGAGGACAAUCUGGGGCUUCCCAUCAUGCACUGGGAAGCACUGAGCCUGCGCAUUGCUGAGCUGGAGAAGCAAGAAGAGGAGAAGAAGGAGAAAAAGGCAAAGAAUGGAGUAUCCCUGGAGCGUGGCAGAGCUCCAGUGAGUUGGAUGGAGGAGAGAGGCAGGAGAGCAGAGAGCUGGGAGGAUGGAGACGACGCCUGCAACAGCCACGUGCUGGCACUGACCUCUCGCCUGCAGACACAGAUGAAUCUUCAGCUCUGCUUCAUCAACAACAGUGAAAGUGAGGAGGAGGAGGAGGAGGAAGAGAAGGAAGGAGAUGGGAGCAAAAAGGGAAGUUCAAACACAUGGAGGGGGAGUGUUCAGGUUCCUAAGAAUCCUCAGCCUGCCUCCAAACCAGAGAAACCAAAAUCCAGAGGCUUCAGGAACACUCUGAGGAACCUACGAGACAGACUGAGAAUAGACCACAAAACACUGACUGCAGCUCAUAGUGAUCCUGUAAUCCAGAGGAGACAUUUGGAGUGCAGUGAUUUACAAAGCUUCAGUAUCAAGGAGCUAAAUAGUCUUUGUUCAUCUCUCAGCCAAACAGUACAAGACCUGAGCUCAGAGCUGGUGGGUCGCCUCCAGGUCAGAGACCAGCUGAGGACAGAGCAGGAUGCUAUGCUGCUGGAGGUCCAGGAUCUUACAUCACUAUGAAACUGCUGAACACUCCCAGCUGAAGGUCACCUGUCGAACAGCGAGGACUGGUGAUGUCACACAAACAAUUUGAACAAGUGUCACUGUCUGUGAACAAUGUUCUGAAUAAGACAAUGACACAGUGGUCCCCACAAGCUCUCAAUCUAACGAAAGUCUUAGUCUGACCAACCAUUCGCUAAGAAGACUCUCACUCCCUGAAAGGACUUCGACAUUUGCUUGCACAUUAUUUUUGUAUUUUCCACAUUGUGUGGUUUAAAGGGAAAGUUCAGUUCAGAGUGUCCACAAGCUGUACUUUUAAACUUGCAUGUGAGAGAACCAUUACAAAGCCACAUAUCAAAGGCAUGGGGAUGGUGAGGAAGCCUUACAGUACACUAAACUGACCCGAAUACAACAUCAUGGCAGAGGAUGGAGGAGCACACUGGCGUUUUUUAACACAUUAGAUGAUCAGGACCGGUUUCAUCUUCCCUGUGUCCAUAACAAGUAACAUUAACACCAAGACUGGAAGAACAAGGAAAAAACUUUUAUUGAAGUGCUCGCCUAACCCUUUCUGAGAGCGAAACCUGCAAAAAUGUACCUUUUUCCAUGACCUAACCGACUCGAAACACCUCUCUUUUUAACUUCUCUGAUUAAGUAUGUCAUAUCACUCUUUUGGGAAAAGUGGAUCAGUAAUCUCAUUUUGGUAUUUCAUGCAAUUCCUCCUAUAACAUUAAUGGACGCUGCUUUGUCACUUUUUGACCAGACAACUGAAAUAUUUUCUAAAAUGCUAACCAAAACCCAACCAACCCGCACUUCGCUACUACACUUGUAUUGUGUUGUUACUUUUUCUUUGUGUUCCUCUGGUCAAAACUGCAUUCUUUACUUACUCAGUCAUAAUAUGUGAGAGGAAAGAGGUCAUUUUCCUGUUCCUGUCCCUGCCUUUAGGUGUUCACAUUGAUCUCAGCCUGUGUUGAUGACUUGCAUCAUUCACAACAACAUGUGGAGGUGAAAUGUGGAGAAACAUAAUUUAACCUCCUCAAAAAAAGAGAAAAGAAAGUGGGGCAUUUAAUGUUCACACUUGGUGUAAACAGACAUCUACUUCAAAAACACAAAACUCUUGUCCAUUGUAGAUGUUUUAUUCAUUAGUUUGCUGGUGGAAAAGAAAUAGUUUGAGUUGGUAAAACCUCCAUAUUUGAACUUAUGACAACUAUGAGUGAGACAGCUCCAUCCAGUUUAUGCAAAUGCAGGAUAAAAGUGACCAGACCAAUCAAACCAUUGGACUGUUGAACACAAAGACAUGAUAGUGACCCAAACAUUUGAAUUCACUGAAAGGAUCUUGCCCAUACACUGGAACACGCUGGUGAUUUGAUAUGGACAGUUAGCUACAAAGUCAGGUAACAGCAGGAAUUUUUUUCUUUUCAAGCUGACUUUGCCAAGAGCAAGGGAGCAAGAAAAUGUUCCUACCAGUCUUACCAAUAUGUAAAAAGCAUAAAGUACAACACAUUGGAGGUUAACAUUUGGAACUUAAUAAAAUCAGGACAAUGCUUUUAUACAUGUUGUUGUGUUGUAUAUUUUCCAUGUUAAAAAGCUGCUAAUUCUGCCAACUAUUAUACUACUACUUUUUUACUGUUCUUUUUAGAAAAUGUCAUUUGUUUUAUACAUGCAUGUCUUUGUGUCAGCUUUUAAGUUGAAGCUGGUAAAGGCCUAAAAUUGCUCUUGUGUACAAUAAAUGAAUCGCAUUU